UGAAUGCAGGGUUCGGGGAGAGCGGAUAUAGUGAAUGCAGGGUCUGGGGAGACCAGAUAUAGUGAAUGCAGGGUCCGAGGAGACCAGAUAUAGUGAAUGCAGGGUCUGGGGAGAGUGGAUAUAGUGAAUGCAGGGUCCGGGGAGACCGGAUAUAGUGAAUGCAGGGUCCGGGGAGACCAGAUAUAGUGAAUGCAGGGUCCGGGGAGAGCGGAUAUAGCGAAUGCGGGGUCCGGGGAGACCAGAUAUAGUGAAUGCGGGUCCGGGGAGACCAGAUAUAGUGAAUGCAGGGUCUGGGGAGACCAGAUAUAGUGAAUGCAGGGGUCCGGGGAGGCCAGAUAUAGUGAAUGCAGGGUCCGGGGAGAGCAGAUAUAGUGAAUGCAGGGUCCGGGGAGAGCAGAUAUAGUGAAUGCAGGGUCCGGGGAGA